AAUCUUGACAACGAAAUGAGGGGAUAUAGUCUAGGUAUGACUCUCGUCAAGCGUGUAGCCGUUACCCUUGCAGCCAUGGAAGUUCGAAGUUGGGGAAAUGCGCACUGAAUUCCUUCAGUUUCUUCUCGUGUCCUUCCGUUCUUCAAAAAAUUGUGACGGCCACUGUGACUGCUAGCAGAAACGGGCAUGAAAAAAUAUCCUGCUAUUUGACACUAUCUUGCGCUUACCUGUUACCCAUGGACGACCAUACCAUUCUUGCGUCGACAACGCCACCUAAUACAGAAGCUUCUACAGUUUCAGAAAGCGUCGUGAUUCAACAACAUGAUACCGUUAUCAACAAUAGUGUGAAAAAAGAUAUAUGUAGUGUCAACCCUCUUAUACCUUCGGGCCUCACACCUAUGGUCUCUCAGUCGCAAGUCCAGACAGCCAACGAUCCAGUAUCACAAGAGGACAAAGGCAAUGAAAAUUCCAUGGAAGUAGAACAAGUGACAAUAGAUACAGUUGUUGAAAACAAUGAAGGAUCCACCGUCAUACAUCAAGAGGAAACAAUCGUACAAGCAGAUAUCCAGCAAGUUUCAACAACGGAAGUAACGACGGAUAUAACGAUGAAGGAUAUCCCCAAUUCCGAAACCAAUGCUAUGCCUGAGUUGAUAGAGACAGCAGAUAACAAAAUCGAUGCCGCCAUAUUAGGAGACGCCAAAAUUGAUGCCGCAGAUGGGUACGUGUCGAGCGAUCUUGAUUCAUCUGACGACGAGGACAAUGCGCCUUCUGCAAAGAAAGACAAUUCCGAAGAUAACGAUAGUGAAUCGGACAGCGACGACGAUAGUGAUUCGGAGGAGGAUAUUGGCUUACCAACCAAGACAAUGACGAUCGAGGAACGAGAAAAAGCAUUGAUAGACAUAUCCUAUAUGGACGAAGAGGAUGAUGCAAGGGGAGAGGAUGGACCUUUAAGAACACGUAACGAAUUGCAAAAAGUGGUUGUACAGCGACCAACCAUUACCAUCAAACCAGAAGCCAACAUCGUUGAGAUUGGAUCCGUGUACGCUGUGGUGGGGGAUACCGUUGUUGUUCAAGGACAAGUGGCUGGUAAUGAGCAAGUUCUGGAUAGCGGCAGUCUCUUCGUAUAUGAAGACAGAGAAAUAUUAGGCGAGGUCUUUGAAACGUUUGGGCCAGUAGCCAGACCGCUCUACUCGGUUCGGUUCAACGAUGCAUCGGAAAUUGACAAGGAACGCACUAAACAAGGUGCAAAGGUGUACAUUGUUCCUGAUUUCUCUACGUUUUUGUUGACUAGAGCGUUGAAGAUGCAAAAGGGAUCAGAUGCAAGUAACAUUUUUGACGAAGAAGUUGCUGACCAUGAAAUGGAGUUCUCAGAUGAUGAAGCUGAACAAGCAUUCAAGAAAGAGCAAAAGCGCAAGGGAAAGAAAACCGCUGUUCUUUCGUUUUCUAAUCACAGGUGUCAUUACAGGAAGAAGCAAGCAAAUAAACGUGCAGCACCACAAGAACAGCAACCGGUAGCUGAAUCAACUUGGGAUGACCUUGAUGGAUACAAUGUAUUGAAAAGACCAGCAAUUGGUCGAAAUGCCCCUGAACAAAGACGGCCACACCCUCUACCCCCUCGACCGGCGUUCAGUAUGACACCUGCAACGCAAGAACCCCAAGCCGCACCGCCUCGUGAGGUUCAUAGCAUAUCACAGUUAUUUGCUGCCGGUCCUCCACCGCUUCAUCCUCCACCGCGUGGCCAAUAG